AUGGGCGGACACGCAUUUCGCUCAGGGCCCAAUCCGCUGAAUGUUGUCCGUUUGCCAACAGAGCAGUAUAUCAUGCUGCGAGAUCACUACCAAACUAUAGUUAUGAAGUUCUACACCCGUGCCGUUGUACCCUCAGAAGCCCCAGGAAAAGGCGACCAUGGCGACAUAGACGUUCUAGUCGAUGAGCCUUUGUUCAACUUCACUGGUCAGGAUCUUGAGCGGGCACUAGGGGCUGCCGCGCACACAAAAGCUGGGCGUACUAGCUCUUUUGCCAUCCGAAUACCAGAAGACAGUGACAAUUUCUUCCAGCUCGAUGUCUAUCUCUGCAAGAAGGGGUGUUUUGAGUGGGAGAGUGUCGUUCAUGCAUACGGCGACAUUUGGCAUAUUAUUGGGUCCACGGUGACUCGCUUUGGGCUGGCGAUUAAUGACUCUGGCCUGCACGCUCGUGUUCAGACCGAAGGAACGAACAAGAAAGACUGCCUAUUGCUUCUGACAAGCUACCCUGAAGAGAUGAUGAAGUUCUUAGGCUUGAAUGGCCCUCGAUAUGACAAUGGAUUCUCUACUCUGAAUGAGCUCUUUGAGUGGGCUAUCUCAAUGCCCUUGUUCCGAAGCAAAUUCUUUGACAAGGAGACUGUCAGUGGGAAACAAAGACGUAUUAGAGAAAAGAGACCAAUGUACUCGAAAUUCGUGACGGAAUGGCUGCCUCAGAGAAUGACGUUACAUGCGGGUACCGCACCCCCAGAAGGAGUUGAGUGUUGUGAUGCUCGAGCAAAAGUUCCUAUAUCAGCUGAUGCCUCCACCUCGGCAACUGCGCAUAUUCGAAGCGACAAGCCUGCAGAAGAAGUAAAUACAGGAAUCUCUCCGACUGAUCAAAGGAAAGACGUCCUCAAUAAAGCGCUGCUAGGAUUCAACAAGCAUGAAGAGUACCAGAAAAUGUUGGAAGAUCAUAGGAGGAGGACCUGGAGAGGCGUGUUGUGGAAAGAGGUUGAGAGGGUACUUCCGCUACAGGGCGAAGAGCUUGGCCAAGCGAUGAUGGCGCUCAAAGCCUUGUUGUGGUGGAACGAUGGCCAGCCGCGACUCAGGGUGGAGGCGGAUCAGUCGCUGGAAAGGGGUUCGGCCCUGGAUGCUGACACGGUGAAUAAGAUUUUGGUCCCGUGGAUCAAAGAGAACUGGAAAGAAGCGGUGAGAUUGAACGAGAGACUUGCACGUUAA